AUGCAAGAUGACAGAAUUCAAGCUCAACUAUACCUUGGCCCCGGGCCAUAUAAUAUUGAAACAAGAUACAAACCCUAUCAAGUAUUAGAUGACCACCGAGUCCGCCACGUUGUCUGGUUUGAGGAUGCUCUAUCCCACUAUGGCGUUCCUACGGUUUCGUUUGAUCUAUACAUCCUCGUCGAGGACAUCGAUCUAGCCGUCCAUGUUCUUGCCCAGGAGGGGUGGACUUUCGAUAUGCAGGGGCCUCAUCUCAUUGGGAAUGCAGAGGUAGAUUUGGCGGACCAGCCUCAACAGCGAUUAAUAUCCCCCGAUGGCCAGUGGAGAACCGUCCUCCUCCCCGCUACAGACUGGAAGUUUCCUCUCACCUCCGACACGCGACUAGAAUACCAUGCACCGUUCGAAGACCAUCCGUCACACAAGGUGCCAUUUCCACCACUGGCAGGCCUCCUAGAUGCACUGAUCGAAAGCUGGUUGGAAUGUUCGAACGACGAUGCCAUGCUAUCGAUUGUUUUGGCUUGUCAGAUCUCCUAUCUCUACGCGCACGUUCCGGCCGUGAAGCAGAAGUUGUUUGCGGAACAAAUGAGAUACGAACAUCGCCAGUAUCACUACGACGUAUUGGCAGGGAUGGAGAGCCGGCACGUUGCCGUUUCGACGGCACCAGCGGCCGACUCGUGA